UCUUUGUGUGGCACGAUGCGCGCGAGCGGCGGCGGAGCUGCUUCUCACUUUUACAAAAACUAAAAACACUUUUUAGCACCGGGGAGGAAAAAAGAAAGGGGAAAAAAAGAACCGCCGUCGUCGUUCGGAAGCCGCGCGCGCGCUGUUGGAUCUACUGUCGGCUUCUUUGAAGUUGGCUGCGGUCAUCGGAUCGUCACAAUCGAGCAUUUUUGUCGACGUCCGAGCGGCCGGAGAGAGAGAGAGACACUCACACGUCCUCCGAGGACUCAAAGUGUGAGAGAGGACCAAAGACCAGCUCCGUCCGUGCCAUCUGGAGGCCACGCGUGAAGGAUUUUACGUGGCGUGCGUGGAUAUUAAAUGUUUACCUGAGGAGACAAAAGGUAAAGAGGAUCGGAGGCGCUAACAAGGCAGGAGGAGCAGGAAGAGGUGCUGCUGCAGCUCCCGGAGCCCAACAACCAGCCGCGUGCGCCGAAAACAUCACGCACUCACCAAAUGUGUCAACUUUGGAAUUUGUGCGAUUAAAGCGGAUCAAACAUUUACCUGGGGCUCGAUCUCAUAAUGCAAAUCAUGUUUUAAUAAAGGCAUAUAUUUGAAAAGACCUCAGACAAACAGGAUCAUUGACAACAAAGGCGCCAUUCCCCCAACGGUUAACCGCCGAGGCGUUACGGUCGGUUGUUUUCUGUUUGUUCAGGUACAAGCCACAGAGGAACGGCCGGCCUGUGCGCGCGCUCCCCGCGGCCGACGACGACGCCUCGUGCGCCGCCACCCUGCGGUGAUUUACCGCUGGUAGAGCGACCGACCCGACAUGUACCCGCAAGGCCGGCAUCCGGCACCUCACCAGCCGGGUCAGCCUGGCUUCAAGUUCACUGUGGCCGAGUCAUGUGACAGGAUCAAAGACGAGUUUCAGUUCCUGCAGGCCCAGUACCACAGUCUUAAAGUGGAGUACGAUAAGCUGGCCAGUGAGAAGACGGAGAUGCAGCGUCACUAUGUCAUGUACUAUGAGAUGUCCUACGGGCUCAACAUUGAGAUGCACAAACAGACUGAGAUUGCCAAACGUCUCAAUGCAAUCCUGGCUCAGAUCAUGCCCUUCUUGUCACAAGAGCAUCAACAGCAGGUGGCGCAGGCUGUUGAACGGGCAAAACAGGUGACGAUGACUGAGCUGAAUGCUAUCAUCGGGGUACGUGGACUUCCAAAUCUGCCUCUCACUCAGCAGCUCCAGGCCCAGCACCUGUCCCACGCGGCCCACGGCCCCCCGGUCCAGCUGCCCCCGCACCCCUCUGGCCUGCAGCCCCCCGGGAUCCCCCCUGUAACGGGCGCCGGCUCUGGGCUGUUGGCGCUGAGUGCUCUUGGCAGCCAGGCCCACCUGCCCGUCAAGGAUGAGAAGAACCACCACGACUUGGAACACCGAGAGCGUGAGUCCAGCACGAACAACUCUGUAUCUCCGUCAGACAGCCUGCGAACAGCUAACGAAAAGCACCGCGGCUCCUCGGAUUACAGCCUCGACUCCAAGAAACGCAAAGUGGACGACAAAGACAGCAUGAGUCGAUAUGACAGUGACGGGGACAAAAGUGACGACUUGGUGGUGGACGUGUCCAAUGAGGACCCGGCCACCCCGCGGGUCAGCCCCGCUCACUCCCCUCCGGAGAACGGCCUGGAUAAAUCGCGGGUCCUAAAGAAGGACGCCGCCCCCAACAGCCCCGCCUCUGUUGCCUCUUCAGGCAGCACGCCGUCCUCCAAAGCAAAAGACCAUGCCCAUAAUGACAAGUCGUCCACGCCCAGCCUGAAGUCCAACACCCCGACGCCGAGGAACGAAGCCCCGACACCAGGAACCAGCAGCACUCCAGGACUACGACCCCUGACGAUGGGCAAACCGCACGUGAUGGAGGCACUGGCUGCCCCCGCCCUGCGUACGCCGCUGUCCAUUGCCAGCUCCUAUGCCUCACCCUUUGCCAUGAUGGGUCAUCAUGAGAUGAAUGGGUCCCUGACCAGUCCUGGUGUUUAUCCCGGACUCAUCUCGCCGCAAAUGAGUGCUGCCGCUGCCGCCGCUGCUGCAUACGGCCGCUCCCCGAUGGCAGGGUUUGAUCCUCAUCCCCAUAUGAGAGCUCCGGGUUUACCAGCUAGCCUCACGUCGAUUUCCGGAGGAAAACCGGCUUAUUCUUUCCAUGUGAGUGCAGAUGGUCAGAUGCAACCUGUGCCCUUCCCUCCGGAUGCGCUAAUAGGCCCAGGCAUCCCACGCCACGCUCGCCAGAUCAACACCCUGAGCCACGGGGAGGUGGUGUGUGCCGUCACCAUCAGCAACCCCACGCGGCACGUCUACACCGGGGGCAAAGGUUGUGUCAAGAUCUGGGACAUCAGCCAACCUGGCACCAAGAGCCCGGUUUCCCAAUUGGACUGCCUGAACCGGGACAAUUAUAUCCGCUCGUGCAAGCUGUUGCCGGAUGGCCGCACCCUGAUCGUGGGGGGCGAGGCCAGCACGCUGACCAUUUGGGAUCUGGCCUCGCAGACACCUCGCAUUAAGGCGGAGCUAACGUCCUCGGCGCCAGCCUGCUACGCGCUGGCCAUAAGCCCCGAUGCCAAAGUGUGCUUCUCCUGCUGCUCAGACGGGAACAUCGCAGUGUGGGACCUCCACAACCAGACCCUCGUCAGGCAGUUCCAGGGCCACACAGACGGCGCCAGCUGCAUCGACAUCUCCCACGAUGGCACCAAACUGUGGACCGGAGGGUUGGAUAACACCGUGCGCUCGUGGGACCUGAGAGAGGGACGGCAGCUCCAGCAGCAUGACUUCACCUCUCAGAUCUUCUCUUUGGGCUACUGUCCCACCGGCGAGUGGCUGGCAGUGGGGAUGGAGAGCAGUAACGUGGAGGUGCUCCACCACACCAAGCCAGACAAGUACCAGCUGCACCUGCACGAAAGCUGCGUCCUCUCACUGAAGUUCGCCUACUGUGGUAAAUGGUUUGUGAGCACGGGCAAAGACAACCUGCUGAACGCGUGGCGGACUCCUUACGGCGCCAGUAUAUUCCAGUCAAAGGAGUCGUCGUCGGUCCUGAGCUGCGACAUCUCAGCUGACGACAAAUACAUCGUGACGGGAUCUGGAGACAAGAAGGCCACAGUCUAUGAGGUCAUUUACUAAACAAGCUUCUACUGAGACCACAGAACUUUCUACGGCUGAAGGAAUAUCGACUCUUCAGCUGGAAAUACCUUCUUGUCUGGAUUUUUUUUUUUUUUUUUUUUUGAGUUCCUGACCAUAUAUUUUUUUUUAUUUUUUUGUUGAAGCCCAACGAAGCGGAGCUUCACUGGUUCACAGGCAUCUUGUGAAAAAAAUGUACAUAUCGGAUUAAAUAAGACAUUUUAUAUUAAAUAUAUAUUUUCAAGUCCUGGAUGUACUUGUGAUGAUUUUUUUUUUUUUGACGUCUGUUUUACAGCGAGAACAGAAAAUAUGUGAAACAUUUUUCCUGCCGUCUGUCUCCUGAAAGUACAUCAUGUGACCUUUUCAAACACAAGGACUCAGACGUGUAAAAAAAAAACUAAACAAA